UAAGGACCAAAGCAAAACCCACAAGCAAAGCAGCUGCUGGAGCCAGGCAGCGGAGGCUGCCCCAGGCAAUUCAGAGCCCUACCCAGCUGCUCUCCCUGCCUUGGCGCUUUGCCUUGCGACUCUUGGCAGCGCAGCAGAGCUCAGCACCACUCGGGGUGGGGAGCCUGGCCCUGAUCCUGGAACGGAUCCAUUUUGCCAGCAGAUCGAGUGUGCCGGUUGGGGGCACCAGGACAGGCUGUGCCACAACCCGCCUUCCAAAAAAAAUCCCCUUUGCAAAGAGGCUGGGAGACGACAGCUGCGGACUCUGAGUACAAUAUCUGGCAUGGAGCUCAGCCAAGACGGCUUAUAACAACAGCACGUAGGAGCGUGUGAGUGCAGAGCGCUUCCGACAGAGAGACGGGGCCGGCUGCGCAGCCAGGGCUGCUGCUGUUCGCACCUCCCGUUCCAAAUGAAGCUCUGUCUCUGGGGGAGGCUGUUUGCGCCGAGCUCCACAAUCGUGGGUGGACUGGAAGCCAAAUGAGGGAAUCUUGAUGCGGAACGAGGGCUGUUAACCCUGUGGUAACGUGCCCCGGGGCUCUGUGCUCCCACCGGCUCUCCUGCGUGGUAAGAAGGGUACGGCUCUUCCCGUAGGCUAAAAACAGUCCUGCAGAACACAGAGCUCGCCCUCUUCUCCUUCCUAGCCGCACGGACGAGGACCGCAGAGGCUGUAGUCGUCAUGAAGAAGAAAACAGGGAAUGGGAGGGGACCAGAAUCGGCGCUGCACCAACAGAGAGCCAGGGUCAUCACCAAAUUUGCUGAGUAUGUGGGCUCAUUCACUGUGGAGGACCUGGAACUCCAGCAGAAGGUGUGGAUGAUUGAGCAGCAACUCCAGUCUCUGAAGGACUGUCCUAGACGGAGAUCUGUCGUUGUGAAGUUCAGCCUGCAGGGCCUGAAGAUCUACAGUGCUGAGGGGGAGACGCUGCUGAUGGCUCAUGCCCUGAGACGGAUCCUGUACUCCACGUGGAGGCCCACAGACUGUCAGUUUGCCUUUGUGUCACGAAAUCCACGCAGCCCAGCCAGCAAGCUCUUCUGCCACCUCUUUGUGGGGAGCCAACCUGGAGAGGUCCAGAUCUUGCACCUGCUUCUGUGCCGCUCGUUCCAGCUCUACUACCUCCUCAUGCACCCCGAGGAGCAGGCCAAGCCCCCUACUAGCCCUGCCCUGGGGGAGCCAGGGAGGCUGCUAGGAGUGCCCCUGGGGGCCGGAGUGGUGAGAGAGCCACUCAAUCCAGAGGAGGUUUCCCAGAAUGUCAACGCGCUGGUGUCCUUCCGCAGGCUCCCCUGUCCCACCGACUCGGGCUCCUUGGGCAGCGUGGAGAGGAGACUGGAACUGGAGGAGAGGGAGGAUGUGGGGAGCUCUCGCCCAUGGAAUCCGUACUGCUCCCCGAUCCUAGUGCGCAAGAAGGCAAUUCGCAGCAAGGUCAUCCGCUCGGGGGCUUAUCGGGACUGCAGCUAUGAGGUCCAGCUUCAUCAGUCUGCCCGGGAAAUGUUUCACACAGGCUGGGAUAACAAGGGUGGCAAGAGUAACUUGGUUUACCUGACAGAAAAUGAGAGCAUCCUGAUGGAGAACACCUGGUCUUUUGCUGGGAUUGCCAGGGACUGUGGGAUCACGCUCCUGAGGAAGGAUAUUCUAGGAGCCUUCCUCCUUCGAGCAGAGCCAGGAUCAGCCAAUCAGUGGUGCCUGUCAGUGAGAACACAGUGCGGUGUCAUUCCUUACAACAUCUUCAAAAACCAUCAGGGGAAGUACUGCGUGGAGCAUUUGAACGCCGAGUUCCCCUGCAUGGAGGCGCUGUUGGAACAUUACUCCGGUAUCCAAGGGGGGUUUUUCUGCUGUCUGACUGCAGGCCGCGUGAACCACUGCUACGAAGAGCAAGACUGUGCUGUGGAGAAUGGCUGGAGGGAGGAGUUGAGUCCGCGACCGACCCAGUGGGUUUGCAGCCCCAGCAAAUCUCCAAUAGUCCAACAGGAGCUGGGCUAAUGUUUGCUCAGGGCUUUGAGACUUGGCCCUCUCUGACGUUUCUGGCAGAUGCGUGGAAUUGUGCUAACUCAGCCCCACUGUCCAAGGUGCACCUAUGCUUCCUAUUUUGGCCACCCUCGUCUGCUAACCUUUACCUCUCAUUCUGUGUUGUGGAGGGUGGGGGAGAGGAAGGGGAUGGGUGUUCAAGUUUGCACUUUUAAUAUUAGCAGUCAUUGCUCCAGGUAAUAGCCCUAGUAUGUAAUCUCUGAGGAAUAUUAACCUGUGUUCACUUUGACAUUGAGAUCUGUUUCAGGCUAGUUGGGUUAGCAAUCAGCACCAGUGCACAGGAGCACAGAACUCCUCUUUGGUAGCAUUUUACACCUCUCUUUCCACAUGAUAUAAAGUCUGAGGCAGGAACAAAUAGUGCCUGUUGUGUGAUCCUGGGUAGUUUGCUUCAUGCCUGAUCCUGUUUCCAUUGAAUGGCCACCGACUUCAAUAGCAGCAGGACUGGGCCCUUGGCAUAUCCACCCAUCCACAGUGUAGCUGAAUGCAGAGAAAGUAGACCUAGUGCAUAGAAGGGAUCUGUUUUUACAUAGCCCCUUCCCAAAACACAGCUGCCCUUCAAGGUCCUUCACAGUACUUCUUGAUGUUGCUGUUCACAUUGGAAUGGUUGCCAUCUGUACAAGUCCGAGUGUGGUGGCUUGUAACUUGGUGCAGGCUGAGGACUGAACUUGAACCUUCAGGACCAAAAGUAUGAAUCUACUACAGCUCGAUCGGAAGGAGCAGGUCCUAUAGCUGAGAGCUGUAACACUCACCCUCUGCGGAUAAGUCUCAGGCAAGUACACAAGCUGCAUUGAACAGCAGGGUUACACAUGCACUUUUCAGAGGCUAAAAAAGAUAUUUCUAGUACAAUGAGACUGAAAUAUUUUACUCCCUAACCCCAGAACACUUGGGAUUGGAUGAAAAAUGGGCAUAAAUGGUCAAUGCAGCUGCAUGCCGGUGGGAUUUUACUCUUGCUUUCUGAUGUGUUAUCUAAUACCCUGGAGCCAAUUGGCCCCUGAAACUCUCCUCUUAGCAGAAAUGUAGCACCUGUGGCAGAGCCAGACAGAGCACUGUAGUAGCUGUAAGGAGUGUCCCAUCUCCCAGGCUAGUAAACACUUGCUGGACGUUAUACAGGAUACUGUAGCAGGGUGGGCACUAUAAAAUCACAGUUAUUAAAACCUAGGAUCUAACCAAGCUGUUUUUAAAACUACCUUAUGCAGAGGACAGGCCAACACCCCUGGACAGGAGGAUAGGCUGACAGCAAUGGUGGCUGUACAGGUUGCUUAUACUUGGGAUUCUUCCCUGAAAUCGUUUUAUGGUUUCUGAUCCCAUUUGCAAUGUCCUUGGUGUCUCCCCAAACUGAACGCUGUAUGACAAGGCACUUUCACCCCGCUCCUUUUCUGGUUUAAAUGCUUCUCCUCCCCACCUUCACGCUUCCAAACUAGCAGAAGACUCACUCAUGUGGGAACUGCCUUCUGUGCGGACCCUUUUCUUGCCUUCUGCUGAGCUGGUAGAACUGGAACCAUUCAAAUGUUAAACCAGUGCUAAGGACCUGAUUCCUCAUUCCUCAGAGGUGCUAAGUACCUGCAGCUUCCACUCCUGGUAGAGGUACUGUAAUCCUGCGCAUCGGCUCUCGCGUAGGAAUGGGACGUGUCUGGCUUCUAUCUAGUUGUGUCGAGGUUUGUUGACUGAGUUCUGAUGAGCUGCCCAAGCUCUUGUGAUGAGUUAAAAGGCAAUCAGGACUUGUGGUAGAGGUCAUAUCUUUUAUUAGACCCGCAAGAUUUUUGCAAAAAACAAAAUCUUUCAUUGCAAGCUUUCGGGCACAAACACCCUUCAUCAGGCAUCGGAGAAAAGAUUGUAAAUUUUUUCCUGGGUAGAAAUGAAAGUUCAUAUUUCAUAGGAUUUCCCAGAGGCGUCAAUAGAUGGAAAACUUAAUGCCUUCAACCCAUGCCUUAAAACUCUGGAUUUGCCAGCCCCUUUGGCAGGCUGGUGCAACAAGCACAUGUUUUGGGUUGGUUUGUUUCUUUUCUUAAGGGCAGUGAAAUAGAAAUAAGGAGAUGAUGCAGGAGCAGCAGAACACGACUUGAAAGAAAACCUUAGUUUCUUGAUGUGAAUUCUGUGUGCGAGAUGACUAGCAGCAACGCUUCCACACGCACAUCCCAAGUCUGCUUUGCACGAUGGGGGUCUAAUGGAGGAGCAGCUGCAGCUAAACAACUCCAGGACUCUCUGAUUCCACCUCUGUUAUUUAUCAAGGUUUAAUAACUUCUUGUGGUGGGGGGAAUGCAGGCCUAAUAACAAAUCUGUUGGCUACUUUAAAAGGUCAAGUGCCAAUCAGACCAAGUUCUCUUUCAUGUGGCACAAUUUGAGUGAAUUCAAUGGAAUGGAUUCACUUUAUUGGGCUCCACCACCUCAAUAGAAAACAUUUUCCACCUACAGGCCCUCUAAAAUGUAUCCUACAUCAUGCAUUCCUUUAGCAAGUAACACCCUCUUCUAAUUGCCUUUUACGUCGAUUAGCUUUAAACUUACAAUAGGUAAUCAGUAGUCCAGUCUCUUUAUUUAAUCUUUAAAAGAUUUUCUUUUUUUUUUUUUUUUUUGGUCAGGCCUUACACAAAGGUCUCAUCAUCAUCAUCACUGCUUCCUGGACGUUGUCCAAAUUAAAUAGGUUUCUUCAGAAGGAACGACUUGAUUAGAGGUGACAAACUGCAGCGUAGGUGGGCUCAGAGGGUAUGAGAUAACUUGGGAAGACGCAAUUCCCUGCUCUGCUAGGAGAUUUCUCGGUAAUCUUGUGCAAGUCUCUUUGUAUCUCAAGUGCUCAUCUUUUAAAAGGGGAUGAUUGCAUUCUGCAGUUUUGUUCCACGUUCAACCCCAGAUGUGCGGGCCGAGACCUUGAAAAAUGUUGCUUUUUUUAAUAUUCUAAAUGGUCUUCAGCAGCUCCUUGGUUUUCCUCGAUGUCUAGUAAUAAGGACAGGCCGUGCAGUUAUUGAACGCCCAUUACUGAGGAGACCCCACUACCUCCACAACCUUAUUUCAUUUAAAGUUAUAAAAAGAAAGAGGAAAAAAAGUCUCUGAUGGUUGCACCAGCUGUUGCAGAACAAUUUGUAAGCUGUGGGGGACUGAGACCACUGCCGGGGCGGGGAGAGAGCUGGGACAAGGCCGGCAGCUGCAGAAGUUAUUGCUUGUGCAUUCGGAUGGGUGCCAGCGUCUACGGCGGGUCAAAUCUUUCCCCUGGCAAUUGGCCAAGGGGAAAUUACACCCCGGAAGAAAGUGGGUCUGGAGGGAACCGGCUUAAAGCAGGCUCUGCACAGAACGGGGACGGGCACUUGCUUCCUUCACGUCACUGAGAACAAGCGUGCGUUGGGAUGAGCCUCCCCUUCAGCCCGUCGUCGGCCACCAGCCCGCUCCCUCGGCCGUCCUGCUGUCCCGCGCGCCCCGUCCUGCUCCGCUCCCGCGCGGUGUCCCCGCUCGCCGUGGCUCUGAUGUAUUUGCCCCCCGUGGGCCGUGCUGCGCGUCUCGACUAAUAAAACGACACCCUCGCCGUG